CAUGCGCGCGGCCUUCCUUCCUUUCUGCCCCUUCUCGUUGCUGCCGCCAUGGCGCCUGCGAAGAAGCUUGCCACGAAAGGCGGCAAGAAGAAGAAGCAGGUCCUGAAAUUCACUCUAGACUGUACCCACCCCGUAGAAGAUGGCAUCAUGGACGCAGCCAAUUUUGAGCAGUUCCUCCAGGAGCGGAUCAAAGUGAACGGGAAAGCCGGCAACCUGGGUGGGGGCGUGGUGACCAUCGAGAGAAGCAAAAGCAAGAUCACCGUCACCUCCGAGGUUCCGUUUUCCAAGAGGUACUUGAAGUACCUCACUAAGAAAUACCUGAAGAAGAACAACUUGCGCGACUGGCUGCGUGUGGUUGCCAACAGCAAGGAAAGCUACGAGCUGCGAUACUUCCAGAUUAACCAGGACGAGGAGGAGGAGGAGGAGGAAGAUUAAAUGUCGCAGGGAUCCGGAGAUAGUUUUGUACAUUUG